GACAAUUAUGGUCCCGGAUGCCUUUUUUGGCCUGGAGCUGCCGACGUGUCUUCAAAUUGUCACACCUGGCCUGAUCAAUUAACAGCGUGGCCGAUGACAUGGCUACUAAAUCCUCCUUGGCAGAUGACGAGACACAUAGGGGCAGAAAAACACAAUAAAAGUGGGGAAAUGUCCCAAAUUGACAAAAUCGGCUUCUCAUUUUUCUUCUCGCGUGAACCCCAGAACCUAGUUCCUGAAUUCGUCUCUUCAAUUUCGCACACAGUGAAAAUCUGUUCUUGGCGAGAUAAAUCACAUACGUACGAGAUGUCUUUUGUGACAGGAAGUGUUAAUUGCUAUUGUGGUCGUAGGGCUGUGAUACGGACCUCGUGGAUGAACGAGAACCCUGGUCGACACUUCCAUGCUUGCUUGAAGAAAGAG